AAUGCUUGGCGCAGCUUUGCGCCCCACCGUGUCAUUAACUGGUGCAUAAAUCGCCGCCUGGAUGGAUGAAAGCAUUGCCUUGUCGGAAGUAGCCAGUAAAUUGGCAUUUGCCACAGAUCCAGGGUGUUUGAGGCGGGAAAAGGAACUUCUCAUGGCUAAGCGGAAAGCCACAGCAGAGAUUGAGCGACUGCAAGAACGCUUGUCCUUUGUAGAGGAGUUGAUUGGACCUACUGAGAGUCAGCGGAAGACCUACCAAGUCCAGUUGGUAUCAGCGAGAGAAGCAGCUCUACGAGUAGCACACAGCUGCGCUGGGUCCAUCCCCACUCGAUGUGUGGGUCGUUUGGAUGAGAGCUGGCUUCGAUCCAAGGGUCUCGCAGAACAGGAAUGCAGCAUGCUACAGCGUGGAUGCGUUUCUGGAGACAAUGGAGUUCCAUGUGACAUUUCAAUGCUGGGAGACCCAUCAUUCUGCCCCUACCACAAACAGACCCUCCAGCCGAGAUGGGAGGCCAAGGGUGGCUUUUUGCAGCUCAGCCUGGGAGAUGUUCGGGACAAGUGGGGCGAAGAGGUAGCUCUUGAGGUGGUGCGCUGUGCCAUUGAGCUUGACAGGCAUGAUGCGAGCAGACGUCUCGGUGUAGAACUUCCGUGGAAGGAGAAGGAAGAUCGUGAAAUGAGUGCUGCUGAGGUCAUCGCACUACUAGGGCAGCAACUUGUUGCAGCAAAGUGUUGCGGAGUAGGUCCUGUUUAUGAUCGGUUAACUGAUGACGAGGAGGAAAGCGAGUGGGGAGGCCUUCCGCGAUCAGAAGCAGUUUCUCCAGCUGACGGCGAGGGUGGGAGAUCAAGAGCGUGGUCAAUGCUGGAAGCCAUGAUGACUGACCUAGGGCUCAAUACGAGAACUACACCAGGGCCAAUUUCAACCAUGACCGCGCAACCAAUGAGUGAAGGCAGUUGUGAAGGCAUGGAAUGCCAUGGAGUUGAGGAGCCAGACACUGACGACGAAGUCGUGCAGGAGGCUCUCCAGGAGCAAGGCCUUGCAGAGGAGGCAGCCGAGCAGGAAAUUCAGCAGUUACUGCAUGACCCUCCAAGCAUCGCGCUGUCGUCUCCGCUGACGCCUGCCCAGCCAGCCACGCAGCAAAAAUCAUCAACGUCCAGGAAUAUGUUGACAUCAUCUACAGCGGCAACUCCUUGCUCAGGAUCGUCUACCCCAACCAGAGGAGCACAUACAUUGGGUUCUCACACUACAAGAGCUUCAAGCCCCUCACCACCUUUGGAGGCUGGAAAUACAGAGGCAAUCUCACAAGAGGCUUUAGCCAAUGAAACGCUGUUCUUACAGCUUCUUGAGGACGAAAUUGGAGGGGAUCUAAAUCUGUGCGUCCCUGGUUCAGCAGAGACUUCAGGAGCUACAUCACCCCUGUCUUCUCUGCCAAGCUCAUGAUUUUGUUCUGGAAACAUGUCCAAGAGUAAAAGAUUUUGACUGAGCGCACACUGCACGGAGAAUUGACUUCACAUAUCUUCAGGUAUCUUAAAGUACAGUCUUG